AUGAAUUUUAAUUUUAAUGAUGCUCCAAGUGAGUUUGAUAUGCAGUUUUUAGAUGCAUCUGAAGUUUUAGAGGUAGACUUAACUAAAAAUAAAGAUAAUAUUACGGAACUUUCAAAUUCAAAAAGAUUGGAAUUUAAACUAACUAAAAAGAAAAGGCUAAAACAAAAAGUAAGAGUUAAUGGUAGGAAUAAGCUAAAAUCUAAGGUAAUAUCUGUAAAUAAUGAUGCCAUAUUAUCGUCUGAUUCUGAUGGAUUUAUAGUACCAGAUGAUGCUCCUAUACCACCAGAUUGGGAAUAUAAUUUUGCUCUUCCUAUUACAAAACAUGAUACAGCUUUUUAUAGAAAAGUAGACAAUUUGAUUGAUAUGAAUUCAAGUGAUAAUAAUAUAAGAAAUAAAAAUGUAUAUUUAUAUAGUUCUGAAGAAGAAAUUGAUGAUUCUGAAGGGAUAAAGAAUAUAUUGCGAAGAGAAAGAAGGAAGAAAAAAAGGAGAAAUUGUAAUUUAAAACUUGAAUAUUCAGAUGGUAAUGGUCUAUCUUCAUUAUUAAAUUUAUAUGAAAGGAAUAUAAAUAAAGAAAAUUUUGAGAAUGAAAAUGAAAAUACACCUUUUGAAAUAGUUCACAAUUUAGUAGCAGGAGAUGAUACACCUAUUUUUUGUAAUGAUUCUGAUGAAAAUAGCAAUUCAGAUGAUAAUUAUUUGUUACCUCCAGAAUAUUUAGAGUUUAACUCUAAAAAUAGUAGAAUUUUUGAAAAUAUGGACAAUCAAGUGGGGACAAAUCAAUUAGCUGACAAUGAUUUAGAAGAUGAUUCAAUUAAUAAUUUAGAUAAUGAACUGGAUUUAGUUUUGAGCAGAAAUUUGUCUACUUUAGAUGACUGGCUUUUAUGGGAUAAUUUAGUUGCAAAUUAUAUUGAUAAUUUAAUAAAAUGUAUGGAUAUUUAUGAUAUUAUUAAUUUAAAAUGUUUAAAUAUAAAUAUCCAUACAGAAUCUAAAGAAUUAUAUUCAAUUAGAUCUUGGGAUUUAUUAAUUGAAGCUUUAGAAAUGAAUUUAUUUUUAGUAUUGAAUAAAGAAAAUUCUAAUGAUACAUAUGAAAAGGAAGACGAAUUUCAAGAUGAUUCAUUAUUUUCAAGAAUUUUUUAUUAUAUGAAAUGUUUAUUUGAAAAUUUAUCAACAGAUUAUCAAGUUGAAGUAAAGAAUAAUAAUUUAGCAGAAUUACAACGAAAUCAUAUUAAAGUAUUAAGUAUAUCUAAGGAAAUUUUCGAUAGUUUAAAGCACAACUCAAUAAAUAAUGAGAAGAAACUAUGCCUAUUAAUUCUAAUUAUUCGUAUAAUAAUCAGGAUAGAAAGAAAUAUAUUAAAUUUAUUGAGUAAGUCUAUUAACUUUGACAAUAUAAAGUCAAAUAAUAGUAAUGGUACAAACAUAAAAUUUUCAAAACCAUUACGUCAGCUUAUAAAAGAUAUAUUUUAUUACUUUAUUGAUGGGUUUAUAUCUGAUAAGAUUGAAAAGUCAGAUGUUUUUUAUUUUAAAUUCCAAGUAAUUAUUUUUUUAAAUAUUUUAAUAUAUAAGACAAAUAUCAGCAAUUGGAUAUUAGAUAUUCAAAAUAAUUUGCAAUUUUUUGAAAAAAUUAUGUUAAUUUUCAGAAUAUUUCUCCAUCAGUAUUUUGAUUUGGAAAUUUCAAGUUUAGAGAGUAUAAGUGACAUUUUACCUUUAAAGUUUAUAAGUAUUUCAUUAGAGAAAGAAAUUAAAAGUAGUGUUACAAUUAGAAAGAUGAUGAUAUUUGGUAAUAUUCUUCGAUAUACAUCUUUAUAUAUAGGUCAAAGUUCCGAAUUAUCUCUUUGGUUAAAUUGGAUAGAUAAUUCUGGGUUAAUUUCGUACUUAGCUCCUAAAAAUUUUGAUUAUUCAAACAGUAUUUUAUGGUGUAUUCAGAUUUGGUUAUUUCGUGAUCAACUUUAUCAUCAAUCAAUGUUGGAAAUAAUUUAUUUCAAUUUUUACUUAGAUGAUUGCUUCACAAAAUUGAUAUCUACUAAAGAAAGUGGUAUUUCAGUUUUAUCUACUAUUUCUAAUUUUUUGGAUAUUGAUGUUGAAUUAAAAAAUUCAUACAUAAAAUUUGAUCAAUUAUUAUUAAAAAAAGACAAAUUGAAAUUUUCUCCAUUAUUAGCUAUUAUAAGCGAACUUUAUCUUCAUAUGUACUCAAUAUUACUAUUUAGCACUUUAAAAGGUAUUGGUGAUAAUAGGGAUAAUUUGAACAACCAACAACAGCUGCAGAAAAAUUGGACACUAUUACAAACUUUUUCUCAGAGAUAUUUAUUGAGAAAAUUUGGAGAAAAUAAUGAUUUAUCUAUAUAUCUUACCAUGUUUAUGACACGAUUUUUACUAACAACUAUAUUAGAAAAUAUAUUAUAUCAUAUUUCUGAAAAUACAAUGACAAUAAACCAGAAACAUUGUAAUUCCACUAUAAUUACAUUUUAUUUAAAAGAAAUGGCAAAUCUUUCGGAAAUUUACACAGAAAAUUCAGACAGUAUAGUUAAUAUGUUAAUAUCUGAAGCAGCAGUAUCACAGAAUGAAGAGGAUACUGCAAGAUUUCAUGAAGGGACAGUUUUUGUUAGGCAACUUAAUAUAUUGAAACAAAUAAGAUAUUUGAAAUUUUAUACUAAACCCUUUUUAUAUGAAUCAGGAGGAACCUAUGAUUUAGCAAGAAAUAUUGCUAAUAUUAUAAUUGAAACAUUGGAUGACUUAAUACAUAAUUUUUAUCAAAUAUGUGAUAUGAUAAAUCUACAAUAUUUAGGUGAUUGCAACAAAGCUAUUAAUGAACAAAUUACAAUUAAUAUCCGAAUAUAUACAUUAAAAAUGUUUUUAUUAAAGAAUACAUUAUUUUCCAACCUUAAAAAUAUAUCUAAAAUUUUGCAAAAUCUCUUUGAAUAUUCAACAAGUUUAGAAAAUUUCACUUUAUCAAGAACUGAAGAAAAUUGUAUUAUAUGCUCUAAAAGUACAGAUUUUAAACAUAACUUGAAAAUAUCUCCAAAUAGUAAAUCAAUUAGUUUAUCUUUUAUCUCAAAAGUGACUGAAUUUAUAAACAAAGUCAUAUUAAAAUUUAUCAAAUCUCUAUAUUUAAUUACUAGUACUAGUCUAAAUAUUUAUUCCAAAAUAUCAAAGACAAAUAAUACUGAAUCAAGAAGUUCUUGUAAACACAAAAAGUGUAUCAGUUAUUUUAACAAAAACUUCCAGCUUUUGGACUUAGAAGAAUCAGAAGAUGGAUUUACUGGCAUUUUGGUGAGUAUAAAUUCAACAUUUGUAGCAUUAAUACUUACUUUAUGUGCAAACUCAGAUGAAAAAGCAAAAUUUAUUUAUAAUAUGUCAUAUUUAUCAGUAUAUUUAUGUGAAAUUAAUUACAUUUCCCAGAAAAUUGAACAAGUAAAGCAUGAUCAUAGUAAAAUAUCAGUCAAUAUUUAUUUAAUACUUCUUUCAUCAUUAGAACAUUUAACUUCAAAACUAAAUAUUAAAGAAGAUAAAGUAACUUUGAAACAAAUUUCAUUACUCUUAUUACUUAAAUUUCUAUAUAUACUUGGAGCCAUUGAUGUUAUAAAAUUAAAUCCUUAUAAAUUAUAUAGUUUCAUCAGAUCAAUAUCUGUCAAAUUGGGUAUUUAUGAAGAAAACAUGUAUUCACAUUAUGAAAAUAAUAUAAAUCCUACUAUUUUAUUUGAAAAAUUAAAAAUUGAUUUCGUUAAAAUGGUACUAAAGUAUUAUAGUUCAAUACUUUCAUGUGACACAUUGUCACUAAGUAAUUCUUGCUGGAAUGAAAGUCUUACAAAAGCCUUAAGAAGUUCAAUUAAUUACUUCUCUAAUAAAUAUAGUGAUUUGUAUGCAUCAAACUGGUGUAAAAUAUUUUUUCAUUAUCUACUAUUUAUAGGUAUACCUAUUUCAUUUAAUGAAUAUUCUUGGUUUAAGGAUGUAACACUGGGACCAAACAAAGAGCAUUUCCGAUUCUUCAUGUGUAACUGUAAAGAGGGACUCAUUUCAGGUAUUAUAACUUCUGGAAUAGAUAGGUCUACUGAUGGUUCACUUUCUAUUAAAUGGAAAUACUCAGUAAAUUCUGUUAAAGGAUAUAUUGCACUUUUGCAACGCAAGUAUAAUUCAGAUACAUCUGAAUAUUACUCUAAAUCAUUAAAUAAAGUUAUCAAUAUUUCACACCCUACAAAUUGGAUAUUAAGUUCACUUAUAGAACAUAUAUAUAUUCCACUGUACUUAUGCUUGGGCUUUGGAAAAUUUCGUUUCGAUCUCUGGGGCUCCUUAUUAAGUAUCCCAAUUUCUCAGCUAUUAAUUGAAAGGACAAAGAUUAAAGAUGAUAUUAAUACUCAGUUGCUACUUAAUAUCCCAUUUAUUUGCCUUAAAGGUUUGCUCAAUAUUAUAGAGAAUAAUAUAAAUAUCAGUUUUCAAUACCCAGAAAUAUGGAUAAUUCUCGCAUUCAAUUUCCUAAUUGAUAUGAAUAGACUUUUUUACUUGUCAUAUUUUCAAGCUAUUUUCCAAUCAUAUAUUCAAGAUUAUGAUCAAACUUAUUUAAUACUAAUAUUAAGGUUAAAUAUAUCAAUAAUUCUACUCUCUACAAAAUUUUUCAAAUUAUUAGACAAAGAUGAUGAUAUCAGUAAAAUAUUGUAUAAUAGCAUUCGUUCUAUUUACGAUAUAUUUACUGAGUUUACGCAUUAUCUAUUAAGAAUAUUCAUUGAUGUACUUCUAGAUAAUAAAAAAGAAUAUUAUUUUGUCUUUGAGUUAAAAGAUACAAGUGUUGAUUGGAUAAACAUUGUUGGUAAUAUUCAAGAGCAAAAUAUAUCGUUUAAUUUAAAUACCAGUCUUGAUCUAGUUGGAAAUGACUAUAUUACAAAUUUUAUUGAUCAAUCACACACAUUAACAUCUAUUUUAAGUCAAUGUAAGAUUAUUUUAGCCAUAGAAAAAGAUACACUUUCUAAUGACAUUGCCGAACUAUAUCCAUGCCUAGAAGAAUCAAUAGAAACACAUAUCUUUGACUAUUUCUUCUGUUUGAAUAUGUUAAUAUCUCCAAAGGACAAUUUCUUAAAUACUUUAGGAAUAGAAUACGAACAAGCUCAGUUGGAUUAUAUAAACAAUGAGUAUUUAGAGUAUCAAAAUAAAUGGCAUAAAACAGCGGUAGCUAGGAAAUAUGUAUCAUAUAUGAGACAAAUUAUCCGCUAUUAUUAUAUUUUCUUAAUAACAAUUUUAUGCAUUCUAAACAAAAUAGCAGUACCUGGUAAGAUACACACAAAAGAGCGGGAGAGAAUGGUGGCAGCAGCAAUCCGUAGUAUAUACUUAGAAAUGUGCGAUACUGACACUAGUAAAAUCUUUUAA